CCACGAGGACAAGCUCAUGCGACGGGACGAGCACCCUACGCGUACUAGAAAACACUGGCAGAGGCCGCAUCUCUACGUCAAAGUAGUUUUUCUUUGUUCGACAUCUCCCGUUGGCUAUGACAAGGAGUCGGUUUUUAUCAGCCAUUCUAGCUACGAAGCGAUGAUCUCUUUCGGUUAUUCCAGCAGCUCUGCCGCGGCAUUACCCCCGAACAAAUCGGUUUUGCUCCCUCAUGCGGUGGUUCAGUCACAGUUUUCGCCACGGUCAGAUCUUCCAACUACUGUUUCCUUUAUCGGAAGCAAACCGCAAAGGAGCCCCAAGCAGGAGUGAUAAGCACGUAGUGAAUAACAACAUAACAGAAUCCCAAGAGAGAAUAAGAGUUUUCUAAAAGAUCCUAGCAAGUCAUUUAGAAAAAGCAGCUCCGUAACUUAACAAUGGCGAACGUUUUUCCACCGGUUGUGUCAUCAAUGUUCGACCCCAACGCGGCCGCCCCUGCUGCCCAAGCGGUUGCAAAUGUACCCCUACAGGAGCUGCCAACUACGACGAAUGUCUACGGUACCGCGCUGCAGUAUGUUCAAAUGUUGGCAGAAAGCCCAGGCGCAUGCUGCACUGCCGCAGCGGUGACGGUGGUGGUGGCGCAGGCACUGGUGAACUUGUGGAUCUGGUCCGUAUGGACGUGGAGGUACGUAUGUAAGCGGAAUGAAAAAUUGUGCUUCUACAUGUUGACAGAUCUCGUAUCAUUUAGCAAAUUCUGCAUCUUCCCAAAUUCUACUUUCCCACACGCUCUCUAAAGUACUUCUAUGCUUCGUGUUUUAAAUAAUUUUUCAGGUUUGCCCAACCUACUUCCUUUCGCGGUGGCGCCGCGGAUUCCCUGCUGAAAGAGUUCGAGACCUACGGGUACGGGCCAGACAUGAUGAAGUUUGUCGGUUUCGUGAAACUCGGCGCCGCCACACUUUUACCCCUGGCGGUUAUGGACCCGGGCUGCGAUUAUUUGCUGUUUCUCUCCUCCGGGGUGUUGCUCUUCCUCAUGGUCGUCGCGAUUGUCUCGCACUUCAAAGUAAACGACCCGAUCAGCCGGAACUUUCCCGCCGGCUGCAUGGCGGUGCUCUCCCUGUACGCACUCGUCAUGGGGCUGGAAAAAGGAAGCUCCUACGAGGCGUUUUCCUUUUGGCGGGUGCUGGUGGGCAUCGUGCUGCUCGCCGCCGACGGCUACAUGUGGUAUGACGCAAAGUACAAGUCCAAGGCGUACGCGACUGUCCCGGCGAGCGACAACGUCUUUUUCAAAAUGGUGGAGUGAGACUAGUAAGCAGCCAUGAUAUUUUUACAUUGAAAUCCGCUUAUCCACAGAACGACGAGAGUUCAAAGAAAAAGAACAAGAUUUGUGCAGUUGCGAAGAGGACAUUAUUUUCCCAUCUGGCUUUCGUUGAGACUCUUUCACGGGUUUCUUCCUGCUGGAGUACUUGAUAAAAGACCAAUAUGGUGCUAGCGACGAGCCAAUGGUUAUAAAAUUGGCCUGUGCGACAACAGGACCAGCUUUUAUUGAAACAAAUUUGCCUCCACCACAGCACGAAAACUCGCUCGGAGGCGCAAGUUUGGUUUCACCACGAAAUGAUGCGAAUAAGGAAGUCGAAAUUCAUCUGGUAUAUAGAGGAAGAAAAAUCUUGCUAACGCAGCCCAACUCGAAAUCGUAGAUACACCCCUGAUGAUAUCAAAACUUUUGUAGCCACCGUAGCUUGUUAUCCGCAAGAGAAUCAAAU